CGGGCAACCAUCCGCCCGUUAAUGUCUGGCUAGAGCUAUGGCCACGCGACGCCUCCAUUCUCUAGCUUCUGGAUUCAUUGUUCCUGCGUCAAAUUGGGUCUGGGUGGCGGUAUAUCCGGUAUUUGGCUACGAUGAGGCGCUUGCUUAAUCGUGUAGCUGGUCAUGGCAAUGGUGCCUCUUCAGGGUCUCGUCCGUUUCGCCCCAGAAACCUGGAAUGAUGGCAUAGAUUCAUGGUUUACGCGAGAAGCGGCUUCUAGUGCAAUCUCUGAUUCGUACUUAAGCCUGAAACAAGAACUUCCGGAGUGAACUUGACCUUCUUUCAUAACCAACACUCUCAUUCAUUAUCAAAAUACGCUCUCUUCCCACCUCUUGUCUCUCCUUCCAUUAAUCUUCACACCGUCCUUUGAACCAUGGUUCAACUUAAGAGUUUCGCAGCUAUUGCUACCACCCUCCUUGGCUGUUGUCUAACAGCACCUACAACUCCUUCUGGCGUCGACAGCACAAUCCCUGGCAGCUACAUCAUUACCCUCAAGUCUGAGAUCAAGGCCACUGCAGUUAAGGCUCAUAUAAAAUGGGUUGACGGCGUUCACAAGCGAAGUCUCGAGAAGCGUGAUGGCGACAAUGGCGUCGAGAAGACAUUUGAGACCGAGGCUGGUUUUCACGGAUACUCUGGUACAUUCGACGACGAGACGGUAAAGCAGAUUAAGAAGAGCCCCGAGGUCGUCCGUGUUGAGCCUGACCGUAGAGUCAAGUUAACAUGGAACGCUUUCAAGCGUCAAGAACAACCCGUGGAACCAGCACCACCAGCAGAAACGACAAGUCAAGAAGGCGAGGACACUGAAGAUGAGGAUGAUCAGCUUGAGAAGAGAAGCGAAAUCAACCAAAAGACAAGCACAUGGGGCCUCGGAACCAUCUCACACCGCAACAAGGGCUUCCAGAACUAUCUCUACCACAAGCAAAGCGGUUCUGACUCGUUUGCCUACCUUGUUGAUAGCGGUGUCCGUACCACCCAUAAGGAGUUCCAAGGCCGGGCCAAAAAUGGCUGGACAGCCUUCCGAAAAGAUUAUGUUGACCGACUGGGUCAUGGUACUCAUGUUGCUGGAACCAUUGCUGGAAAGACCUUCGGAGUCGCUAAGAAGGCCAAGGUCAUUUCUGUCAAAGUCUUUCAGGGCGACUCUGCAGAUCUUUCCGUCAUUCUCAACGGUAUUGAGUGGGCCGUCAACGAUAUCAUCAAGAAGAACAGACAAGAGUUCUCAGUGAUCAACCUCUCUCUUGGUAUCGAUGGUGUAUCUGGGGCGCUCAACGACAUUAUCAAGAAUGCCGCCAAGUCCGGAGUCAUCUUUGUAGUCGCCGCCGGAAACCAAGGAACAGAUGCCAAGACUAAAUCUCCAGCUUCUGCUCCUCAGGCCAUUACUGUUGGAGCCAUUGACAAGAACUGGAGAAUCCCCAGCUGGUCCAACUACGGCAGCUCUGUAGAUAUGAUGGCCCCGGGUGUCAAUGUAGUUUCUGCCUCGUGGCUCAGCGACAACGGCACCUACAUUGAGAGCGGUACCUCAAUGGCCACUCCUCAUGUUUCUGGUCUUGUGCUGUACGCGCAGUCCGUGUAUGGCAUUACCGGCGUUGCUUCCACAACCAAAUACAUCAAGAAGUACGCCACCAACAAUAAGAUCGUCGGUAGCCGCCGAGGCUCACCAAACCGGAUCGCCAACAACAACAACUUUGCUCAAAGCAGAUGAUUCUCGAUUUGCUUAGCCCGAGUUCGACUAAAAUAAGAGACUGCGGGCAGGAGGGAUGAUCAAGCAAGGCGUUUGGGAUUGAGAAUAAGCAUACACGGGAUAGCGAUUGUUUUGUUUUUAUAUAGACUUCGAUUCGAUCUUUACCAAUAUACCUCAAUACCAUCUCUUUUGACCUGGGA